GCGAGCGGCGCGGCCGCGGAGGUUCGUUUGUCGCCGUCCGUCCUGGCGAGGAGCAGCGGUGCCGGUGUCCCGGCGGAACCUGCACUCGAAUCAAGAGCCAUGUGGUCAGCUGAUGAAAUCGCUGGGCUAUGUUACCUGCAUUACAGGACCAGACUUCCUAAGCAGGGGAAGCCUGAUCCAAACAGGGAAUGGACUUCCCUGGCAGCUGUUGUCAAAGUGGAAUCUGCAGCCCAAAGAGAGGCUCUUGAUAGUCCAGGAAACUUGCAGGUAACUAAGGAAGUUGUUGCUAUGGGAACUGGAACAAAAUGUAUUGGCCAAAACAAAAUGCGAAAAACUGGAGACAUUCUGAAUGACAGCCAUGCUGAAAUUGUGGCCAAGAGGAGCUUCCAGAGGUAUCUUCUCCAUCAGCUGUGGCUUGCAGCUUCCCAUCAGCAAUGUAUCUUUAGUCCGGGAACUGAAACUGGGAAAUGGAAACUCAAACCAAAUAUCAUAUUUAUUUUCUUCUCCAGUCAUACCCCAUGUGGAGAUGCUUCUAUUUUUCCAAUCAGUGAACCAGAGAACCAGCUUUCUAAGCCAUUGACUGAAGGUUAUGCAGCUGUACAAUCAGCAGUAUGUAGAAGUAACCAUAAUCACUUAUGUCCAGAAGAUAAAAGAAAAUCAGAGAAGAUUGCAAGGAAUUAUAUAAUCAAGAGAAUGAAAACUGAUGAUGGUGGUUGUUUUUCUGUAAUCACUGAAGACCUGGCUGUUCAGCAUGGAUCUGUGAAACGAGAAGACAGCACAAAUCAGAAGAGCUAUGAAUGUUCUGCAGAGAUGCAAACAGCUAAUAAGGAGACUGGCUUAGUGAGACCAAAGGUAGUAGAUGUUCACAGAACUGGAGCAAAAUGUGUACCUGGAGAGCUAGAUGAUUCCCGAAUGCCUGGGCUGGGGUACCACUGUGUGGGAUUAUUACGAGUGAAGCCAGGUCGAGGAGACAGAACAUCCUCUAUGUCCUGCAGUGAUAAACUGGCUCGCUGGAAUGUAUUAGGGUGUCAAGGAGCUCUUCUGAUGCAUUUUUUGCAGUAUCCAGUGUAUCUGUCAGCAGUUAUAGUGGGGAAGUGUCCAUAUAGCCAAGAAGCUAUGCGGAGAGCAGUUAUUGAAAGGUGUCAGCACAUCUCAUCUUUACCAGAUGGUUUUUUCACUCAGGAGGUUAAGCUGCUUCAAUCAGGUCUUCAGUUUGAACACAGCCGUCAGGCAAUUCAGGAAGUUCAAACUAACAGCAAAACAAAACUUGUUCCUUGUAGUGCAGCCAUCAGUUGGAGUGCAGUCCCUGAACAACCUCUGGAUGUCACCUCAGACGGUUUCCGCCAGGGAACAACAAAGAAGGGGAUUGGGAGCCGUCAGAGCAGAUCCAAAAUCUGUAAAGUGGAAUUCUUCCAUAAAUUCCAAAAGCUGGUGACAAGUAUUUCACAAGAGGAUCUACCAGAUACUCUACGGAUGAAGACGCUAAAAACCUACUGGGACUACAAGGAAGCUGCAUUAAAUUAUCAAGAAGCCUGGAGAGUGCUGCGUAGCCAAGCUUUGCUGGGUUGGGUCAAGAAUGCCAAGGAAUACCUGCACUUCACAUGAGAAUCCAUGUGACUAUGUGAAUCCAGGAAUAAGCUCUGGUCCGCAGCAGAUACCUCUGCAUUUCAAGGGCCAGAAAAAGACACCCUCUAGUUUAUGUGCUGUAAAGAGGCAGGAGUGAAAAGGAAAGCAAUUUACGGAAUACUUUUAUUUUUACUGAGUUGAAGCCUCUUUUUAUUGAAAUAUAGAAAAGGAUCAUUGCUUGAAACAAUAUGCCUCCAAAAGAAAGGAAGCAGUGAUGUGCUAUCCUAGUAUCUGAGGAUAUGAUCUACCAGCCAUAGUCAUUGCAGUGAAAGCAACGUCAACUGAAAUUCAAGCGGUACUAUGGAAAAUUUUAGUGUCACUUUUUUCUUCCACUUCUCAUAAUGUUGUGGUUGUUUUUCUGUUGCUGGGACAACUCUCGUGUAUAAUAAGUAAUACAUACAUAACUCUGAGCUCUUGUUGUCUGGUGCCUACAAGAAUUUGCUAUGUCCCCCAGCCCCAUUGCUUUAACUGGAAAAACUAGUUCUGUUAAAGUGUCUCUUUUUUUUUGGGGAAUCCUUUAUAUAUGCUGCUAUUUACUAAACAUAGCCACAGAUACUGCCACAGCAGAAGCAAAAGCACUGGGGAGGAGUCUGUGUCAAAUAAUACUACUUAUGAUAUCCUGUUCAUCUCAAUUUCAGGACUUUGCCAGAUAACGUUUCAACUGCUUUGCUUCUGUAGGCAGGAAAGAAAACUCCUGAAUGACUUGGUUCAAAUUGGCCAAUCCUGUGUAAUUACAGGCAAACAUUUACGUACUUUUCAGUGUUAAAAGCACUGUCCAUCUCCAUGCCCCUCUGUGGGAAAUGGUCAAUUAAAAGCAAAAAUGCCUCAGCCAUUUAUGUCACUGUUCCUUGUGUUCAUUAAUAGCCUGGCAAAAGUGGAGAUGCCUUGGGGAGUAUUGCAAGUAGUCUCUGGCAUGUACCUUCUAUUCCUCCUUAAACCUUCUGUCCCAGUUACUGCCUUUUGUGAACAAUUUCAGGACUGUGUAACUGCUACUGAGCACGUUCCCCGUUUGUAUUUUUCUCUUGUAAACCACAAUUCAUAAAAUACUUGGACAAGGCAAUGUCAAGAUGAAAGAAGUGGAUAAUUUAGAGCUUAAAAAGUUAGAACUUAAAGUUCUAACUUUAAGUUAGAACUUAGAAUCUAACUUUAAGAUAGAUGAGUUAGAACUUAAAAGUGGAUAAUUUAGAACUUAAAAAUUCCUUAGUGAUUUGAAUUUUUUUUGUUCUUUGGUGUCCUAGAGUUUUGGAUUUGAAAAAUGGGCACAGCAGUUUUCCAAACAGCCUUCGUUGUCAACCUGCUGAGCUACAUAUUUGACCAAACAGUUCACAUAACGUUACAGUAUGAGAAGUGAUUGCAGCAAAUCCUUUUUGCUUCACACUUAGGUUGACUUGUCAAGUAAGAAUAGUUAUCUUGUUCAAGAAGUAACAACUUGAAUUCUGUGCGUAUAUGCCCAUUUUUUCAAAUCCAGCAUUAACACGCAGAAAUACCAGUUGUACUGGUGAGGGGGAAGUAAUUUUAUGUGUUUGUAGAGGGCCAGGGAUUAUGGAGAUAAGGGACUUGGAGUAGUCAUCAGAGGAUAAAAAAAUGGCCAGAUGCCAUUGCACAUGGGCUACAGGGUGAACUGCUGAAGAUAAAUGGUAGCUGUUCCUGUAAUCAAGCAAGUAGCAUUCCAAGGGCAGAGUUCAAUAGCGUACCUGAAGAGCUACCAGUAGAUUUCCAGGUUCCUGAAGUUUACCGUUGUUCUUUGCUGAAAUCUUGCAGAAAUUAUUAACUUACCAUCCCUAGUUUCCCAUAGUUAAUCAACAAUGUCUGCAGUGAACCUGCUUACCAGACUGGAAUGUUCCUAUUUCCUAUCCAGCUGCAAUAUUAAAAUGGGUUGUGUAAGACUAGUUCUGUAGACAUGCAUCAGUUUUCAGGUAAGCAGUUAGAUGGUUUAAAUUCUUUUAACUAUUUUCUAAAAUUUGAGCCUGGCUGUUAGGAUUGUUCCUGGUAAGACUUUUUUGUCUUGCAUUUCUAAAAUACUUGUGAACUGUAGACUGAUGCUUUUCUGUUACCUGUAAGGUUUAAAAGUAGUUUUUGAGGUGCUGAACACUGAUGCUAACCUCACUUUUUGGAUGGAGUUGAGGACAUACUUAAGCCUAGAGCAAGUCAGUGAAUAUGUGAAGAGAGGGAAGGAGCUGAAACAGAACAGCAUUUAAAAGGCUGAGGGGCUAAGCCUGUGGGAUUUCAUCCUCAACUGUAUGGCAUUUCUGUGAUGGAAAAUCAGUAUUUAAAUGCUGCAUUUGUUUCAUUUGAAAAUGUCAGGAAAUGCUGACAGGUACAUGCUGUUGGCAUGAAACUGCUCUAAAAAUCAGAAGGGAAAAAUGCAGAGAUAGGAAAGAAAAGUCUCUACUUUUGUAAUUGGUAGCAAACUAAACUUGGAUCAUUGUCAGCAGAUCUUUGGAGGAAUUGUUCCUGGAAAGUAACAGUUGACAUGUUCCAAGCCUGUAUCACUCCUUUGCACUGGGAUAGCUGACACCCCAAAAACAAAGAUAGGCAAGGCACGGGGAGGACAGCAGAAUGCAGAGACUCUGCCACAGGAGAGCAGAGUUAGCAGGGAGGGAAGCAGCAGGAAUGAAGUGCCCACAGUGCAUGGUUAAUGAGGACAAGCAAACAAUUGGCAGUGGGAGUGGCAGAGCAUAGGAGGGCACCAAGAUUCUCACCAUAUGUGUAAAAUGAGGGCAUCUGUAUUACCCAGAUAAGUCCUUGCCUGUCCCAAACUUGUUUGGGGACCAAUGGCUCCUAAUCGGCAGGACAAAGAAACUGUAAUCAUUGAGUGGGCUGUCUUUAACAGUGUCACUAUUAGAGGUGUCAUUCUGUUUUCAGUCAUAGUAAGAAGGCAGGACAGACUGCUUAUCUUUAAGGAAGUCAAAACCAGAGCAUAGAAACAAGUGGUUUUCUCAAGGGUAGGAGUAAUCAUGUUUGACCUUGAGGCUGCAGUUCCACAAGACCAGAUGCUAGCAUCCCACUGUCUUUGGAAAAGCAAGGUUUUGAUCUUGAGAGUGUGCUUCCACUGCUCACCUUAACACAGGCUGGAAGGCUUACUGAUCUCGGUACAUUGCAAGUAAAAUGAAGACUAUUUAAAUUACUGUAUUUGUAGAAAAACAAACCAUGAGCCCAAAACAAGAUGCAGCCUUUCACUAGGAGUUAAAAGACCUCUGCAAUAAAUGCAUUAAGCACUACAGGAAAGGAAGAGUUAGGGUUGUGCUGCUGAGGGCAGAAUUCUGUUGGCAAGGAGGAAAGAAAGGUGUUGGAGUUUUCUCUCAGACUGUCUGAUAAUGUCAUAAGAGGGCUGCAGCAAUGAUAGCUACGUAAUAUAUACAAUUAACAUAUAUAGAUGUAGAAGCAAGAUAUUUUUUGAGGAAAGACCAUCUAAAUGGUCUAAAUUUGUUCUAUAAUAAUGUCUAUAAUGUAAUCAUGGUCUAUAGUAAUACGCUAAAUAUUGACUGAAUACUAAAUUCAUCCAGUACUGGUUUAGUUAUAUUGGAGAUGACAUUUCAAUUUAGCUUAGAGAUAAGUGACAUAGAGGUGUUGGUGUAGGUACAGUGAGGUAUUUCUUUGUUUUUUGUUCAGUGCAUCAAUCGAAGCGUUAAUAGAAAAUGAAGAUCAUAUGGCCUCAAAUGUUUUAUAUAAUUUUACAGGAGUCUCCUAUCUAAAGGGAUGCAUUUCACCUCUGCAUUUCAAAAGGAAACCUUUUGAUGUUUUAUUGCCAUUUUACAUGUACCUGCAGAUGAAAAGUGAAGUUAUUGCUGUAGAAUAUUUAUCCUUACAUUAUCUGGAACUGCUUGCAUGUCUGGGCUCCUAAAUCUAAACUAAUAAAUACAGAGAUUUUAAAGAGAGCAGUUAUGUGGGGGGUUUAGGGGCUUAUGAAGGGUAAUCCAAAAGUUGCCUCAAUCAUAAAAUCUUCCCUUGGUUUCAGAUACAUCUGUUUUAGUAGCAUGUAAUUAACUUUAUCUAGCAUUUUAAGUGUUUCUUACUCCUCCGUUAACAGCUAAGAAAAAAGUAUUACUUGGUAACAGUAGAAAAAUGGUAACAUUUCAGCAUAAAGGAAACAGAACAUUUUCCAGUAAUAAAAGGUAAUUUAAAAAAUGACAGGUGAAACCACUUUUCUUCAUUCUGAAUCAAAAAUUCUGUUAAGAGUAAGCAUUAAUGUGUGAAAAGGGAGUUAGAAGUAAUUCAGGAUGGAAGCACUGACAGAAUGUUUCCUAAAGCAGUGGUUUACAAUGCAGCGCUAUUCUGACUAAUGAAAGGCUUACUGAGAUCAACAGCACAUUUUCAGAUGCAGUAAGCACAUGCAUCACAGUUACUGUGCCAAGCCGCAGUUAAUAGGGUAGUGUCAACCUUUCACAGGCUCCUACGCUCACAUUUUGGAGUCCUUCUGCCAAUACUUCUGAAUGACCGCAGAUCUGAACAAUUCUAGGCAUAAUGUAUCUUCAUGGGGAUUUGAGUUAGUAUGAAUUUGAUUUAAGCUUGGAAAGUGGUAAAUUUCCAUUGUAACUGGAAGUAUUUUAAAAACUAGAUUCUUAGGCACCACAUAGUUUGAAAAUUAAUUAAAACUUCUAAUAGGAAUAUAAAUUGUAUUUAGCAUUUCCUUGCUGCUUAGGAAGGUCAAAGUGAUGCUACCUCAGCACAAUGUUAUCCUUUAAUAUCAGAGUGCGAACUCCAGCACUGUGCAAUUAGGUCAAUAAGCUGCUUUUCAUACCCUCUCCAACACAAUCCAAGGGUUUGCCUCUUUGCCUGUAAAUAGAAGUAGCUGCGAGAUAUUAGUAGCUCUGAAGCUAUUGGUUUUGAAAACUACAAAGAGCUACUUGUUUCUUCCUGGGAUCAGCAGCCACACACUAAAGUUUGAGAAGCUGUACAAUGUCUAGUAAGUAACAGAAGCAGCUGUGUAGCAUCUGGUAAAUGUGAUGAGUAACUUUCUGGCCAAAAUAAAGGUAAAGAAAUGACAGCACUGCCUGUUUGUGACAGGAAUUUUUAUUGUACUUGUUUGUUAAUUGAGAAAGGAACAUACUAGCUCAAUUUAACAUGAUCAGCAUCUUGCUCCUGGUUUUGGAUAAGCUAGCAAAUAUGUUUCCAAUACCAAUUUAUUGUUUUUAUUUUUCUUAAGCUGACAUCGCAAAACAGAAUAAAUGUUGUGUUCUUCUCUUCA